AUGGCUCAUGGCCAGGCAGUCAACGCAGUAUCACGAUUCCGCGGAGAAAAAUAUGAUAAACUGGAGUUUUUAUAUGAUAUAGAUGGUAUCCGUAAGCGUGCGCUUACUGAGCGUACAAUCAAGGCAGGGUGGCGGGAGAAUUUUGAAGAUAUUACUGUGUCCACAACUACUGCUACCACUACCACCACCACUACUACCACCACCACCACCACCACCACUGCUACAGUGCAGAAAACACCGUCGCCACCACGAGAGGAAGAGAACAAAACCCCUACAACACUACGCUCGUUUAGGAAGGAGGUGAUGAUUUAUCGGAGGUCAAAAAUAGAGCUAUCUCCUUCGGUUGAUCGUCUGCUCCGUGGUGGGUUAACCCAGGCAGAAAAGUAUGCAAUGUCAUCUGUUGCACUUGAUGAAGCUUUAGCUUCAAAGAAUAGACCUUCCAAUUCCACAACCCGAACACGCCGCUGGGUGCAUAUGGACGGUCUCAUAUAUGCAAAAGACGUUAAUCGUCAUAUUGAGGAGAAAAAAAUCAAGGAAGCACAGAAGCGUUGGAAAUCUACGCUUAAAAGACAUCAACGUGAGGCAAAAGCAUUAAUGGAGCGGAUUGCUAAAGAUGUUGAUGAAGCCCCAACGCCGGCUCCAGCAAGCGCUGAAAGGGACAAAUCUGAAGAUUUAUGGUUUGUAGAUUUAGAAGGCGAUCAUAAUAUGCCUUCGUCUUUUCUUGAAUAG